AAGUUUGCAGCAAGCUCCGAAUUUGUAGCAAAUUAGCAACCGGUCCAUCGAUCUUUUCUUCUUCCUCUUCGGCUCCUCUGGUUUUAUUUUUUUAAGCAUGAGGACCGGCAUGUUCUCCUACACCACUUACGAAGAUCAAACAAACGAGCCUCACUUCCUUGAUGCUUGUCAUCUUUGUAGAAAACCACUCGGAAACAACUCGGACAUCUUCAUGUACAGGGGUAACACACCGUUUUGCAGUAAAGAUUGUAGGCAAGAACAGAUAAAGUUUGACGAGAACAAAGAGAAGAGCUGGAAGCUUUCUUCCAGCAGAAGAAAGUCAGAUCCCAACAAGAACUCCACCCCUAACAAAACUGUACGGACAGGGUCUGUUACUGUAGCCUGAUUGAUCUGGGACCGAGAGAUUAUUGGUGGAGUUUGUUUUUAAGAUUUCAGAUCAUUCCACGUGGCAAGAUCAUGGUGGAGGUGAUCAAGGUUGACUGGGUGUUGUGAUUUGUAAAGGUGAGGUUGUGGGUGAGAGGGGCUUGAAGGAAAACGAAGUAAAUAGGAAAUUGUGGCCAAUUGGAAAAGAUAAAAUUAUGGAGGAGAAAUCAAGAAAAACCCACCAAGAGAAUUUUGUUUUUUUUUUUUUUUGGUUGAGAUGUUACAAGGCAAAGAGCAUCCUUUGAAAUGUAAGGGAUGGUUAAUUUGUAAAAUUUUGUUAGUGAUCGAUCAUCUUUGUUUAUUUCUCAAAGGAUGUUGGUUGAGAAAUUGAUGAAAAGUCCAUUCAAACA